AUGACCUGCAAGCUCACCCAUCGAGUCAUGACACAGCCGAAUGACCCCCCAGUCAUCAAGGGCGCACCCUCCUUUGUCGGACUCGGUGUGUUCUCGACUGACGAAUACGUUCCCAACGGCGGGACUGGACCUGACGGAAACGCCAAGGAAUGGUAUGCCAACUUCUAUCGGCAGAUCCGAAACUUCAAGUUCGACAUCACCCAGACCGACCCAAAUGCCUACAUUUGUGCGAUUCAUUACCAGGUAGCCCAGGCGACAGAGAGCAGACAAGGCAUCCAGCCUGGCAAAACGGGUGUCGGAGCGCGGGCGACAUUGGCCGGCGAGCUACAGGAUAAAGGGGGCAGGGCAAAAGCAAACGAGAUGAGGAGGCAGCGACCGAGCGAAGGGGAUGAGUGA